AGAGCCAUCAAAUUGUAUUCGUUAUGGCUAAACGAAAGUAGGCGAAUAUAUUAAAGCAUUAGCAAUAUCAUCAUAACAGUCGCGAUUCUUGAUCAAGAUGCGUGUCGCUAAAGUCUUUGUGCUAAGUUUGAUGUGGCUACAGGUCCAAGGACAGGAGCCAGCGCCAGAAACGCCAACUUCGGAAACAACGCCGGCUACUUCGGAAACUUCGGAAACAACGCCGACGCCUUCGCCCUCUUCGACAAUUUCGGAAACAACGCCAGCAACUUCGGAAACUUCGGAAAUAUCGCCGAAAACUUCGGAAACAUCGCCGACAACUUCGGAAACUUCGGAAACAUGCGAUAGUUCUUUCAAGGUAGGCGAAGAACUGCGCGAUACUCACUUUAUUGCGGCCAUCGUGAAUAGUGUGAUGGACAAACUGAGGUCCAACAAUAUCAAUGAAGAACUGCUGGCCAAGGUCCCCACGAUUAUUGGUGGCAAUCUUUACUGCGAUGGCAAUCUACCCGAUACAAUAGAUAUUCUUUUGGCCUACUUAUACGACAAAGUCGAUCGUGAUUGCUUCAAGAUAACAGGAUAUCAAAGUGUUUAUAUCAAAAUGGAGUAAGUUGACAAUAAAUGCAAAUGAAUAAGAAAUAAUUUAAAGAAUUGCAAAUCAAAUAAAGUAAUCGUGUUAAUGAAAAUAUCAAGAAUU